AUGUUUCUCCCUGCGACAAAGAAUAGACUCACAAACUCUGCAGUGAAGCAGAUUCGCGCUUUCUUCCCUGUGGAUACGUCGGGGAUGCUCAGGAAGGAGGAUGUGCUUGUCUCUGCAAGGACUGCGGAGAAGGACUGCUACAUCCUCAGGAAUGGAGUCCCCAUUUUCAAGCAGGAGAAAAAUGCGUAUAUUCCCACAGUGAAGGGCGUACACCUUCUCCCGGGGAUGCUGAAGAGGGUCGUAGUUGAUGCUGGGGCGAUAAAGUACCUGAUAAAUGGAGCAGAUGUAAUGGCGCCAGGACUUCUUCACAGCACCUCCGAAUACCCGCCUGUGGAGGUC